UAGAGCGCACCAGAGGUUAGAUCAAGGGGAGGAAGGGGGCUAGAGGAGUAGUUUAAGCAGUUAGAUUAUAUACAUAAAUAAAUAGGCACAUUGAGUGGUAAGAAACGUGGUUCGUUUGGAAACCGCCAUCGGACACGUUCCGGUCACCUCUCGGUGCCAGGAAGAGGGUCUUGGUGGCGUUUCAGAGCCGUUCCCUCUUUGAAAAGCGGCGUGCCGAAGGGAGGACGAGUCUCUUUGAAUAGACAGGAUGCACGGACCGCCUUCCAGCGACAGCGCAUGCCCACUGCGCCUCAUCAAGAGAGUUCAGUUCGGCAUCAUCAGCCCUGAUGAGCUUAAACGGAUGUCCGUCACAGAUGGGGGCAUCAAGUACCCCGAGACCACCGAGGGAGGACGCCCCAAACUGGGCGGCCUCAUGGACCCUCGGCAGGGGGUCAUCGAGAGGUCGGGGAGAUGCCAGACGUGUGCAGGUAACAUGACAGAAUGUCCGGGUCACUUCGGUCACAUCGAGCUGGCCAAGCCCGUCUUUCACGUCGGCUUCAUCGCGAAGAUCAUGAAAGUCCUCCGCUGUGUGUGUUUCUUCUGCUCCAAGCUGCUGGUUGAUGCGAACAACCCAAAAAUCAAAGACAUCCUGGCCAAGUCGAAAGGUCAGCCGCGAAAGCGCCUGAUGCACGUCUACGACCUGUGUAAGGGUAAAAACAUCUGCGAGGGCGGCGAGGAGAUGGACAACAAGUUCGGAGUGGAGCAGCAGGAGAACGACGAGGACCUCACUAAAGAAAAGGGUCACGGCGGAUGUGGGCGGUACCAGCCUCGUAUCCGGCGCUCGGGCCUGGAGCUGUACGCCGAGUGGAAGCACGUAAACGAGGACUCUCAGGAGAAGAAGAUUCUCCUCAGCCCCGAGCGCGUGCACGAGAUCUUCAAACGCAUCUCAGACGAGGAGGAUCUCAUCCUGGGGAUGGAUCCCAAGUACGCGCGGCCGGAGUGGAUGAUCGUCACCGUGCUGCCGGUUCCGCCCCUCGCCGUCAGACCGGCUGUGGUCAUGCAGGGCUCGGCCAGGAACCAGGAUGAUUUGACGCACAAGUUAGCCGACAUCGUGAAAAUCAAUAACCAGCUGCGACGGAACGAGCAGAGCGGAGCUGCAGCGCACGUUAUAGCAGAAGACGUCAAGCUCCUGCAGUUCCACGUGGCCACCAUGGUGGACAACGAGCUGCCCGGUCUGCCUCGAGCGAUGCAGAAAUCCGGCCGUCCGCUCAAAUCCAUCAAACAGAGGCUGAAGGGGAAAGAAGGCCGUGUGCGAGGAAACCUGAUGGGGAAGCGUGUGGACUUCUCUGCCCGAACCGUCAUCACGCCCGACCCCAACUUACAGAUCGACCAGGUGGGCGUGCCUCGCUCCAUCGCCGCUAACAUGACCUUCCCCGAGAUCGUCACGCCGUUCAACAUCGACAGACUCCAGGAGCUCGUGAGGAGAGGAAACAGUCAGUAUCCCGGAGCCAAAUACAUCAUCCGGGAUAACGGAGACCGAAUUGACCUUCGGUUCCACCCGAAACCGAGUGACCUUCACCUUCAGAUCGGCUAUAAGGUGGAGCGACACAUGUGCGACGGUGACAUCGUCAUCUUUAACAGACAGCCCACCUUGCACAAAAUGUCUAUGAUGGGUCACAGGGUUCGAAUCCUGCCGUGGUCGACGUUUCGACUCAACCUCAGUGUAACGACUCCUUACAAUGCCGACUUCGACGGAGACGAGAUGAACCUGCACCUGCCCCAGUCACUCGAGACGCGCGCCGAGAUUCAGGAGCUGGCCAUGGUGCCGCGUAUGAUCGUCACGCCGCAGUCCAACAGACCCGUCAUGGGUAUCGUGCAGGACACGCUCACCGCCGUGCGCAAGUUCACCAAGCGAGACGUCUUCUUAGAGAGGGGUGAAGUGAUGAAUCUGCUGAUGUUCCUGUCCUCCUGGGACGGCAAAGUGCCGCAGCCUGCUAUUUUAAAGCCACGCCCACUGUGGACCGGCAAACAGAUCUUCAGCUUGAUCAUUCCAGGUCACAUCAACGUGAUCCGUACACACAGCACGCAUCCGGACGACGAGGACAGCGGCCCGUAUAAGCACAUCUCUCCUGGAGACACAAAGGUGAUCGUGGAGAACGGAGAGCUGAUCAUGGGGAUCCUGUGUAAGAAGUCUCUCGGUACGUCCGCCGGUUCUCUCGUCCACAUCUCCUACCUGGAGAUGGGUCAUGACAUCACCCGCCUCUUCUACUCCAACAUUCAGACUGUCGUCAACAACUGGCUGCUCAUCGAAGGUCACUCUAUUGGUAUUGGUGACUCUAUCGCUGAUGCGAAGACGUAUCUUGACAUUCAGAACACCAUCAAGAAGGCCAAACAAGAUGUGAUAGAGGUCAUCGAGAAAGCUCACAACAACGAACUGGAGCCCACUCCAGGUAACACUCUGAGGCAGACCUUUGAAAAUCAGGUCAACCGUAUCCUGAACGACGCUCGAGACAAGACGGGAUCUUCUGCUCAGAAGUCGCUGUCCGAGUACAAUAACUUCAAAUCCAUGGUGGUGGCCGGAUCCAAGGGCUCCAAAAUUAACAUCUCGCAGGUUAUUGCUGUGGUGGGUCAGCAGAACGUUGAGGGUAAACGAAUCCCUUUCGGCUUCAAGCACCGCACUCUUCCUCACUUCAUCAAGGACGACUACGGUCCCGAGAGUAGGGGGUUCGUGGAGAACUCGUACCUCGCCGGUCUGACACCCACGGAGUUCUUCUUCCACGCCAUGGGAGGCAGAGAGGGUCUGAUCGAUACGGCUGUGAAAACGGCCGAGACGGGUUAUAUCCAGCGUCGUCUGAUCAAGUCUAUGGAGUCGGUUAUGGUGAAAUACGACGCCACUGUGAGGAACUCCAUUAACCAGGUGGUGCAGCUGAGAUACGGAGAGGAUGGUCUGGCUGGAGAGGCUGUCGAGUUCCAAAACAUGGCCACGCUUAAACCAUCCCACAAAGCUUUUGAGAAGAAGUUCAAGUUUGACUACACUAACGAGCGAGCUCUCCGGCGCACGCUGCAGGAGGACGUGCUGAAGGAAGUGAUGACCAACGCACACGUGCAGAGCGCCCUGGAGAGGGAGUUUGAGAAAAUGAAGGAGGACCGAGAGAUCUUGAGAGCCAUUUUCCCCACCGGAGACAGCAAGGUGGUGCUGCCGUGCAAUCUGGCCCGAAUGAUCUGGAAUGCGCAAAAGAUUUUCCGCAUCAACCCGCGAACUCCAACAGAUCUCAACCCUUUAAGAGUGGUGGAGGGUGUGCAAGAGCUGAGUAAGAAGCUGGUGAUCGUGAACGGUGACGAUCCGUUAAGCAAGCAGGCCCAGCAGAACGCGACGCUGCUUCUUAACAUCCAUCUGCGCUCCACCCUCUGCUCCAGACGCAUGACCGAAGAGUUUCGUCUCAGCUCCGAGGCCUUCGAGUGGCUCCUGGGAGAGAUUGAGACCAAGUUCAACCAGUCAAUUGUUCACCCGGGUGAGAUGGUGGGUGCUCUGGCCGCUCAGUCUCUGGGUGAGCCUGCCACUCAGAUGACCCUGAACACCUUCCACUACGCCGGCGUGUCGGCUAAGAACGUCACCCUGGGUGUGCCUCGACUCAAAGAGCUGAUCAACAUCUCCAAGCGUCCCAAGACUCCGUCCCUGACCGUGUUCCUGCUGGGCCAGGCGGCCCGCGACGCAGAGCGCGCCAAAGACAUCCUGUGUCGCCUGGAGCACACGACGCUGCGUAAGGUCACGGCCAACACGGCCAUCUACUACGACCCCAACCCCCAGAGCACGGUGGUGGCCGAGGAUCAGGAGUGGGUGAACGUUUACUACGAGAUGCCCGACUUUGACGUGACCCGCAUCUCUCCCUGGCUGCUGCGCAUCGAGCUGGACCGCAAACACAUGACUGACCGAAAGCUCUCCAUGGAGCAGAUCGCUGAGAAGAUUAACGCAGGUUUUGGUGACGAUCUAAACUGCAUCUUCAAUGACGAUAACGCUGAGAAGCUGGUGCUGCGUAUCCGAAUCAUGAACAGCGAUGAGAACAAGUUCCAGGAGGAUGAAGAGGUGGUGGAUAAGAUGGACGACGACGUGUUCCUGCGGUGCAUCGAGUCCAACAUGCUGACGGACAUGACCCUACAGGGCAUCGAACAGAUCAGCAAGGUGUACAUGCAUCUUCCUCAAACCGAGAACAAGAAAAGGACCAUAAUCACGGAGGAGGGAGAGUUUAAAGCGCUACAGGAAUGGAUUCUCGAGACGGACGGCGUCAGUCUAAUGCGAGUCCUCAGCGAGAAGGACGUCGACCCCGUCAGGACCACCUCCAACGACAUCGUGGAGAUCUUCACUGUGCUCGGUAUCGAGGCAGUGCGUAAGGCUCUGGAGAGAGAGUUGUACCACGUCAUCUCCUUCGACGGUUCCUACGUGAACUACCGCCAUCUCGCCCUCCUGUGCGACACCAUGACCUGCAGAGGUCACCUGAUGGCCAUCACCCGUCACGGCAUCAACAGACAGGACACCGGCCCGCUCAUGAAGUGCUCUUUUGAAGAGACGGUGGACGUCUUGAUGGAAGCGUCGUCCCAUGGAGAAUGCGAUCCCAUGAAGGGCGUGUCUGAAAACAUCAUGCUCGGACAGCUGGCUCCUGCAGGCACCGGCUGCUUCGACCUGCUGCUGGAUGCUGAGAAAUGCAAAUACGGCAUGGAGAUUCCCACCAACAUCCCCGGCAUCAGUGUAGCUGGACCAACGGGAAUGUUCUUUGGCUCCGCCCCCAGCCCUAUGAGCAGCAUGUCUCCAGCCAUGACACCCUGGAACACGGGGGCCACCCCGGCUUACGGUGCAUGGUCUCCCAGUGUGGGAAGUGGAAUGACUCCAGGAGCUGCAGGAUUUUCACCCAGUGCUGCCUCCGAUGCCAGCGGCUUCUCUCCGGGUUACUCGCCCGCAUGGUCUCCUACACCCGGCUCUCCUGGAUCUCCUGGUCCAGCCAGUCCUUACAUUCCCUCUCCAGGUGGAGCCAUGUCUCCAAACUAUUCCCCCACAUCUCCGGCGUACGAGCCGCGAUCCCCUGGAGGCUACACCCCGCAGAGCCCCGGCUACUCCCCCACAUCCCCGUCGUACUCUCCCACCUCUCCUUCCUACUCUCCCACCAGCCCCAACUACAGCCCAACAUCUCCAUCUUAUUCCCCAACCUCUCCAUCCUACUCUCCAACAUCUCCAUCUUAUUCCCCAACCUCCCCGAGCUAUUCGCCCACAUCGCCCUCUUACUCUCCAACAUCUCCAUCUUAUUCGCCCACCUCUCCAUCUUACUCUCCGACAUCUCCGUCGUAUUCUCCGACUUCGCCCUCUUAUUCACCGACGUCUCCCAGCUACAGCCCGACGUCCCCGUCGUAUUCGCCCACCUCUCCAUCGUACUCGCCAACUUCCCCCUCGUACUCUCCGACCUCUCCUUCGUAUUCCCCGACUUCGCCUUCAUAUUCCCCAACGUCUCCCAGUUACAGCCCGACCUCGCCCAAUUACACGCCCACUUCGCCCAGCUACUCGCCCACCUCUCCGUCUUACAGCCCAACCUCGCCUUCGUACUCGCCUACGUCUCCGAAUUACACGCCCACCAGCCCGAACUAUUCUCCCACAUCCCCGUCUUACUCCCCCACCUCUCCGUCUUACUCCCCUUCCAGCCCUCGGUACACGCCUCAAUCUCCUACGUACACCCCGAGCUCGCCCUCUUACAGCCCGAGCUCGCCGUCUUACUCCCCCACGUCUCCGAAAUACACCCCCACCUCUCCAUCGUACAGCCCCAGCUCUCCGGAAUACACCCCGACUUCACCCAAAUACUCUCCCACUUCGCCCAAGUACUCGCCCACUUCUCCCAAAUACAGCCCGACGUCUCCGACUUACUCGCCCACUACGCCCAAAUACAGCCCUACGUCUCCGACGUACUCUCCAACAUCUCCUACCUACACCCCGACCAGCCCCAAGUACUCGCCCACUUCGCCUACAUACUCCCCGACGUCUCCAAAAUACUCCCCAACUUCGCCGACGUACUCGCCUACUAGUCCCAAAGGCUCGACUUACAGCCCGACUUCGCCCGGGUACAGUCCAACGUCUCCGACCUACAGUCCAGCCAUCAGCCCCGACGACAGCGACGAGGAAAACAACUGAAGCGGACGACGACUGGAUUAGACUCGCCAUCACGAUGCCGACUUGUCCUUCAAGUUCCUCCUUGAAAACACAGCAUCAGCAUGGCACAAUAUCGUGGAUGGACGUCGCCAUCUUUGAUUCGGACGACAGAAAACUACGGAACCUUGGGUCCUACGUGUGAAAAGUUCUGAAAUCUUUCGGACCCGUCGGACAUUUCUCACAUCAUUUCUGCAAACAGGCUCUAUUUACUAUGAUAUUGUCAUAGAUGUGAACUGUAGAACCGACUGCCUUUCAGCUUUUUCAGUUUGGUUGGAUUGAGAAAGGGGUUUUGGGGUCUUAUAUAUAAAUAUAAAUAUGAAAACCCACCCCUCUUAAAUUAGGCAUCUCUAAUUCAGUGUUGAACAUAAUGGAAAUCUGAGAGCUUAAUUUGCCAAAAGCCUUUUGGAAAGCGAAUCGUGGAUCAUAUCUACUGCAGUUGGAACUUGGGAGAAAAAAAAAAAAGUCAACUAAAGUGAGGUGCACAGAAAAUUUUACUGAAACGUAUCUAACAUUGACGUUUUGUUUUUUUUCUUGCUUUGUAUAUAUGCUGUGCUCAGUUUGUUUAUCCAUGCAAAUGGAAAGAACUGAAACUCUAAUUAAUGAAUGUUAGGAGCCGGAUUUGAGUUUGUUUAUCAGCUAAAAUUAAUCAGACACGUCUAAUCUGACCAGAUGGUCAUAUGCUGGUCAUUAGCAUAGAAGAAAGGGUCGUAGUAGUGGCCAUGUUGAGGGCUUAUCUACCAUCUUUCCUCUAUUAUUAUUAUUAUUAUUAUUAUUAUUAUUAUUAUUUCGGUAGUUAAACUUUCACCAGCAUCCUGUUCAAUUUUCAAAUAACCACAAAAAAAAUAAGUUAUAGCCAGCAAUAGCUUCUCUCUAACUGUAGAGGAAUGUGAAUUUUUCUGAAAAGAUGAUUGAUUUUUCUUUUAUUGGUUUUAGAGUGUUAUAGAAGGAGGAGGAAGGCGAGGGAGUUAGUCGUAUAUACGCUGGUUUGCUUGUCUCGUCAAGCUGAACCUUGUUUCUUUGCGUCUUACUUUUAUCUCAAAAUCUUCCCAAAAACCUCAUCCGUCCCUGUCAGCAUCUGUAUAAAUAUUUCCCCUUGACUUCCUUUUUAGUUAAUGUUAUUUAAAAAAACAAAAAAGAAAAGUCCCAGUAAGUUAGAGUGGAAAUUUAAUCGUUUCUCUGAUUUUUUUUUUUUUUUUUUUUUUUUUUUUUUUGUCUGCUUCAUAGAGAUGUUUAGAUUUGUGUUUGGGUUUACUUUUGGAUCAAGCGUUUUUUUUUAUUUUAAUGCUCUCGCCUAGUCUAUGCAGUUUGUUUGCGUAAACAGCAGGGGGCGGCAAAGUUGGUUUUGACAGCGUGCUGAGUGCUGAAAAACAUUUUAAAACGACUUGACUAGCAAGCAGUCAAGCUUGUCAUUUCUGUUCAUGUUCAACACCAUCCUUCUCUUAAUUCAAACGUAACCUGAGUUUUCUUACAUCAGUAAUCAGUGUUUGUCUUUUUCUUUUUUUUUUUCUUUUUUUUCUUCUCCCCACCAUCAUCUGUUCCUGAGGGUUUGGGAUGAAGGGAGGGUCAAAAAUACAUACUGUACAAUACUGGAAACCUAUAUGCAGAACAUUUUGUGUAUAAACAGGUGGAACCAGGGUUCAUUCCUGACAUAAGAGGCCUUUGUCUUGCUCUUUAGAUGUCAGUCAUGGUGGCUUUGUGCGAGCGUUUGCUUUUUAAAGCCUUAGAGCAGGUUCGUCAGCUCGUCAGAGUCUCUGCCCUAGAUUGCCUUCAACGAUGUUUUCUUAAAGUUCCAGUCACUUAUGUGCCCAGGCUCCUAGUAGAAGUGUGUGUGUAUGUAUGGAUGUUUGAGUGUGUGUGUGUGUGUGUGUGUGUGUGAGAGAGAGUGUAAAUUGAGACAGGGUUUCCUUCAGUUGGGCCGGGUUUGAAAAGGGUUAAUAAAGGAAGAUUUAAACUUAAAUUGCCACUGUAUAGAAGAGGACUUCUCUAAUUCUCUGUAUCUAUUUGUUUGUUUUUGACUUGAUGAUAAAACAAUAAAAUGUUUGCCUAUAA